UGUUUACUUGACAUAGCGUGAUCCGCACAUGUGCGUAGUUCACGUACAAGCUGCAGAUAUUUCUUCAGUAGGUGAAAAUACUCCCAUCUGAGACUCAACAACGCUUUGUAAAAUGUAUGACCACAUGGAGUGACCUGAGGAUUACAGACGUUUUCGGCAAGUUUCAUUUGGACGGACUUUAAUUGCAUCUCGACCUUUUUUGCAGCUAUUUUAACAUGUGGCUCAGGAGCUCUACCCACCAGCACAAGUUUGUUCUUGACUGGUGCCGAAAACUGUCCAGACCAGUGUCCUCUUUGGGGCCUCCAGCAGAGACUUCCCACCUGAGCCCAGAGGACAGAAACCGGGACCCUGCGGUCAAAAGGCGCCACAGAGGGUCAAAUCCCUCCACUGCUCCACAUCACCCUGCUGUAGCUGAAAGGAUAGCAGAUCGUAAGAGGUCAUUCAAGGAUAAAUCCUCAAAGAAUGAUAUCCCACCACCACAGAAUCAUGGGAGGGGGGGAGUCUUCAAGGUAUCGUCUGAGCUUAGGAAACUGAGUCUGGAAGACUUCCCUGCAGACAAAGAGAGGCAGCUGAGACCAAAGCAAGAAGAUACAGCUGAUGUUGUCUUUGGCAUUGCUCCCUGUCUCCUGGCUCUCACUCAGGGGAGAAGGAAGGUCUACCAACUGUUGGUUAAAGAUGGUGAGACCUCUCUGAGGGCCUCUGUCAUAUCGGUAUGUGAGGAAGCACAUCGGCGAGGGGUACAAGUCAGUCGGGUCAGCAAGAAGGAUCUGGACAAGAUGUCCUCUGGAGGAGUACAUCAGGGAGUAUGUCUGCGAGCCAGUCCCCUGAACUUUCUCACCUUUGACUCUGAAUCCAACACAAGUGGGCAUGGCAUCCCUCUGUGGCUGGUCCUGGAAAGAAUCCAGGACCCGAUGAACCUGGGCGCCAUCCUGCGCUCUGCUUAUUUCCUCGGCGUGGACAGGGUGAUCAGCAGUCUUCGCUAUAGCUGCCCGCUGUCUCCCGUGGUCAGCAAGGCCAGCUCGGGCGUCAUGGAGGCCAUGAGGGUGUAUGGGUGUGACAACCUGGAAGACAUGUUGAGGACGAAGGUGAAACAGGGUUGGCAGGUGGUUGGGACAGUGGGAGCAGAUCCGGAGGAGUCCCGGAUUCCUGUUGCCUCUUGUUCGGACUUUCAGGUGACGAGGCCGACGAUGCUGCUGAUGGGAAGCGAGGGGGAAGGGCUCUCCGGGAAGCUCCUCUCCGUGUGCCAAACCCUGCUCACGAUCCCAGCUGGUAGAGACUUGGCACCCGGAAUUGAGUCUCUGAACGUCUCUGUGGCCGCAGGCAUCAUGCUGCACUCUCUGCUCACAAAGUCCAGAUGUUUGUCGCAGAAGGAAAGUAGACCUUAAUGCGCUGCUAAACAAUGUCUGGGUGAAACCUGAAAUUAUAAAGCUGGUGAUUUACUGGUAUUAUUAUCAAUAAACCUUUUCCAAAAACUAAAAGCAUCAGUAUAUCUUAAUAUAAUUCAUGCAAACACACUAAUAAACUGUAUCCAGUGACACAUACUGUACAUAGAAAUGAAAAAAGAUUCAAAGGCAAAUCAGUUUAUUACUGCCAGCUGUAUACCAUUGAUGAUCCUUUCUCACCUACUCAAAUUGAAUCUGCAAAACUGGCAGCUUAAUUAGUUCCAUCAUAAUUCUCUUCUUACAUUUGAAUGAUUUGUAUUAAUAUUUAUCAAGAAUAAAUGUGGGGAGGACUUAGCAAAAGGAUUCACAACCUUUUUCGACAGUUUCACACAGAGACCAUACAUAACAUGGAAGUUAAAUUACACAUGGUUUGCAAACCUUUUUACAAAUAAAAAUCUAAAAUGUUA